UUUUUUUUUUUUGUUUUUCAAUUGUUUAUAAAUAAAUCUAUUUCUCAUAUAUAAAAUGGUUGACUUUUUAUCUUCUCCCGUUUUAUUUCCAUCUGAUAUGGAUUCAUCUAAACUCUCUGCUGGUCCUACUUUCAAAUUACCUGAACCUGCAAACUGGUCUGAUUACGAUUAUUACAACACAACGACUGAUAAGUCAAUGAUCAAUUUAACUGACUUGAUUCGAUUGGAACCUAUUGAAGAAAAUGAUUUGAUGCACGUUUAUGCGCCUUUUCUUCCUUUAAAUCACACUUCUACUACUGUUCUUCAAAAGGCAAAACUUGGUUCUCAAUCUCAACGUCUCACGCUACUUGCUUUAGCUCAAUCUAUGGUGAAUGCAUACAAACUUCCUUCUAUUGAAUUGAAUCAUGAACAACAACUUUUAAGGGCAAAUUUACGUGGUGCUUUAGAUGCGGUGGAAAAUGAUAUGCAACAGAACGCAACUGAUUGUUUAUUCCCAUCACAUCAUCGUUCUCUUCACUCUUGUGAUGAUGAUAACAGCGAUCAAUGGUCCUGGCGCGAAGAACUUAUGGAUGUCCCUGAUUUGGUAUAUUCAAAUUGCUCCUCUCCUUCCUCACAUUCUUUAGUUAAUGAUCAAUGUCAUUCUACUCCUAUACUCUUGGAAAGUGGCCUUUCAUCCCAUAUGAUCAUUGACGAUGAUGUUGAUAAUGAUGAAGAUGAUGAAAGUGGUGCUCAACAAUCUCUUACAACUGCCAUCAUGGAACAACCAACUUGUUUAUCACCUGUCAAGAACAAGAAGAAAACGAAAUCACUCAAGAAAUGGAUGAUCAAGAUCAAGAAAGCUGCUACCAAAUCUAUGGUUGAUACAGGGUCCAAGGUACGCAGAUGGGUCAAGAAUUAAUUCGUUUGUGUAUUCUCCCCUUCUUUUUUUUUUUUUUUGUAUAUAGUAGUAGUAGUUUGGUAGUGGUUUUUUUUAUAUAGUUUUGAUAUUUAUUAUUUAGUGUAUAUAUCUUUCUUUU